UUUUUGGUUCCCUGUCUUUACUUCGUUUUCCGAUUGAUCUAAGAAUUAUGAAAGACUAUAAUGCUGCCUCCAGGCACAUUGCGGUGCUUGCCUUUCCCAUGGGCACGCACGCCGCGCCUCUUCUCAGCUUCAUCCGGCAGAUAUCAACGGCUGCACCAGACCUAACCUUUUCCUUCUUCAGCACGGCAGAGUCUAAUGCAUCCACGUUUCGGACGGACAGUACGCUUGACAAAAUAAAGACAUACGAUGUGUGGAAUGGGUUACCAAAAGGAUAUGUGUUUAAGGGGAACCAUGCGGAACCCGCGGAGUAUUUUGUGAAGGCUUUACCGGGGAAUUUUAGGGAGGCCAUGGAUAAGGUCACGGCGGAGACGGGGAAGCGCUUUGACUGUUUAGUGACGGAUGCGUUUUAUUGGUUUGGUGCUGAUAUGGCGGCGGAAAUGCAGAUACCGUGGGUGCCGCUUUGGACGUCUGGACCUCGAGCUCUCCUCAUCCAUGUUGAAACGGACAAAAUCAGACGACACCUUGGAAUCGAAGGUGAUCCAGAAAAAACUCUGGAUUUUCUACCGGAUUUCUCCAUGAUACGGGCUUCUGACCUACCGGAUGGAGUAGUUCUUCGGAACGUUCAUUCCCCUUUUGCGGAAAUGCUCCAUAAAAUGGGAUUAGCGCUGCCACGAGCCACCGCCGUGGCCGCGAAUUCGUUCGAAGAAUUAGAUCCUAUCAUCACAAACAUGCUCAAAUCUAGAUUUCGAAAAUUCCUCAAUAUCGGUCCAUUCUGCCGAACGCUGCCACCCCCAUUCUCCGACUCCCAUGGCUGCAUAGAGUGGCUACACAAGCAGGAACCAGCCUCAGUCGCCUACAUCAGCUUCGGAAGCGUGGUAAUACCGCCACCACACGAGCUAGCAGCGCUAGCGGAAGCGCUGGAGGACGUAGGAUCACCAUAUCUGUGGUCAUUUCGGGGCGACCCAGAAAAACUUCUGCCAAAGGAAUUCGUAGAGAGGAGUAAGGAGAGAGGGAAGAUAGUGCCAUGGGCGCCACAGCUGAAAGUGUUGGAGCAUCCUUCAGUUGGGGUUUUCAUAACGCAUUGUGGAUGGAACUCAGUGUUGGAAAGCAUGGUCGGCGGGGUGCCUCUGAUUGUACGUCCAUUCUUCGGAGAGCAGAAUCUGAAUAAUCGGUUUGUGGAGGCAGUGUGGGGGAUGGGUUUGGGAGUGGAGGGUGGAAUUUUGACUAAAGAUGCAAUGGUGAAAGCCUUGAAGUUAAUACUGUCCACUGAGGAAGGGGAGAAGAUGCGCAAGAAAAUUGGGGUACACAAAGAACUCGCUCUCAAGGCUGUGGAACCCAACGGUAGCACCACUAAAAAUUUCGAAAAUCUGGUAAAGAUUAUCAGCAAUCACUAAUGGGGUUGAGUGCAUAUUUCAAAAUUUACAUUUGAAAAGGAUUGUGUGCUUGUUAUAUUAAUAUUCAAUGGCAGGAUUUUUUUUUUUUUUUUGUUUGUGGUUGUUGAAUUCAGGUGUGAAUGUGAUUGUACCUUUGUGAGAUAUGAUGAGAAUAAUGAGUUAAUGUAAUUGAGUACUUGCAUAUAGAUGUUAUCUGUGAAAUCGAUAUUGGACAGUCCUGUGUACUUUGGACACAUUUUCUCCCCAAAUAAGUUCUUUUAGGGCAC